UUUCUACGGUCAAUUCUACUGCACGAAACAAUAUUUGGACGAAUUCGUUUAAAUAUCUCAAUUUUGUUUAAUAAAUCAGAUUAUGUAAUUAACUAAUACUUAACAUUUCUGUGCUGAUGGACAGUUAGUAUCCAGAUGUCUGAGUUUUGCACGAUGUAUUGACUGUUUUGUUCUUGGGUGUCACUGUCAAUGCAACGUCGUCAACUAACUAUGAUUGAAUUGUGACAACACAGAGUCGGAAUUUGAAACCGAAACAGGCAGUCAGAAAGAAUUAUUUUAUGAUGGAUAGCAACGGGCUCAGAAAGACAAUUCGUGUCAAAAUCAUCAGUAUGGGAAAUGCAGAAACUGGCAAAAGUUGCAUCAUAAAGAGAUAUUGUGAGAAGAGAUUUGUCAACAAGUAUCUAGCAACAAUAGGCAUUGACUAUGGUGUUACAAAACUUGUUGUCAAGGAUCGUACUGUGAAAGUGAAUAUAUUUGACAUGGCCGGUCAUCCUAUCUUCUAUGAGGUCAGAAAUGAGUUUUACAAAGACACUCAGGGAGCGAUGUUGGUGUAUGAUGUAUGCAACAGAGGCAGUUUUGAAGCUCUUAAUUCAUGGAUUGCCGAAAUGAAACAAGAGAUUGGCGCCCCAUCAGAGAUGGAGAAAGUUUUCUUCUGUGUCUGUGCAAAUAAGAUUGACAGGGGAAAUCAGAGGCAAGUAGAGGAAGGUGAAGGGAGGCUCUGGGCUGAUGAACACGGUUUCCAUUAUUUUGAAACGUCAGCGCUGACUGGUGAAGGGGUUGGUGAUGCUUUCAAGGAGUUGUUCAAUGGUCUGGUUACAGCCUAUGAGAAUGGUGGUAGAGCAGUGCGGAUCCAGACUACUCUUGGCUACACCAAGGACCAGGUGGAGACCAUACAGAGACUGAAGAACAGUAAUAAUGAUUAUGAGAGGCUGGGUAUCAGACCUGGUGCAUCAAAAGAUGACAUCAACAAGGCUUAUCGUAAAAUGGCCGUCAUCCUCCAUCCCGACAAGAGUGUAGCCCCUGGGAGCGAGGAAGCAUUUAAGAUUCUUGUCACUGCGAGAACCAAUCUCCUUAAGAACAGAUAAAGAUCACCAUCAACCUCCAUCCCAACAAUAGUGUAUUACCUGGGAGCGAGGAAACGUUUAAGAUUCUUGUCACUGUGAGAACCAAUCUCCAUGAGAACAGAUAAAAGAGACCAUCAACCUCCAUCUCAACAAGAGUGUAGCACCCGGGAGUGAGGUUGAUGAAGAUGAAUUUGGCUUGUGUGAGCGCAUACUCCACAAUACUAGGUAUUAUAUGCUUACACAGCUAGCGCAGAACUUCGUUCAGCAAGUGGAGAAUAGUGAUCGUUUGGGCAGAAUUUUGUAGAAGCAGAGAGCCACGCCUUCAGAUUUUGUCCUUCAGAUGGAAUGUGAAGCCCUAGGUCCAGUGCGUUGUGUAUCAAAUCCUUUCUAGUCAAAAGGACCCCCAAGCAAACCAGCCAAAGACGCACAGUCCAGUGACCUUACCUUGGGGAUUUAAAAGAUAAGAGACGAAACCCACGCUGCAUAAAGGAUACACAAACAGGGUGGCAGCUCGCCGAGCCCUGCAUUACGAUCAAUUUCAUUGGCUUUCAGAUCCACAAUUUCUUUUUAGUGAAUACACGCGAGCCUAAACCUCAACCAAUCACAAAAAAAGGUUUACAUUGUUAGAAAGCUGACAAGCCAGAGAGAAAUGACUCCAGAGAUCUAAGCUCACAGAAGGGCGCUAUUUAAUGUUAUGAUUAUUUUAGUACAGCAGUUUUUGGCUACUCGCGGGUUUUACACAGGAAACGGGUCAAUUUUUGACAAAACAGGCAAGUUUUAGCAUGAUUUACGCGAGUGAAAAACAAUUUUUUGUUCAGUGUUUUUUGCAUUUUCUAAAAGUAUGCAAUGUUAGGGUCAUAAUGUUGCAAGAACUAAGGUAUACUUUGUUAAAUAAUGUUGUGGUGGCGAUAGAUGUGAAAAAGGACCCGUUUUUCAAGGUUUUUAGAUACACGUUCUCAUAGAGAUGUCACGUGAAAACUGUCCAGUGGCUUUAGAUCCCCAAAGGAAUCCAUAUGUGUAAUGCCAAUGAAAGAACCCAGUACAUAUUAUGUACACUUAUUGUUUUGAGAAGGGGGGUUUGCCCCGUUGUUUCUGGCACUGGCUGGCGUGUGUGCCGGAGCACUUUGUAAACCCUUAUAAGAUGCUGUAGCAUUCAGUCUCAAUGAGACACUUGAGCGCCUUGAGCACCUUGCUGGUGGAUACGUGUGCUAAUAUGAGACUACAUGUACAAUUUUAUUAUUAUUACUAUGCCUAUUAUUUCUUUACUCGCUGUAAACGCAAGAAAUUUGAAUAGCACGAAGUAAUUGGGGUUGUUAGUUUUGUUUGUGUGUUUUUGUUGACAGCAUUACAAAUAUUGGGUGUAAAUCGAUUGUAUGCAUAAUGGUCAUUUUGUAGGUUGGAAACCAAAACACAAUUCAGUUGUCAGGCCUUGAACUUCAUCAGUGAAAGGGCAGGAGAUUUUUAUUUUAGCAAAGUUCAUUUUCAUUGGAAUAUCUUAAAGUCUUUUGGGGAACUUUUGAAGGGGCACCAAGGCCAAGACCAGGGCAACCAGAGUCUAUGGCAUGUUAUAUUUUCAGGCCAAAUUGUGAAUGCCUUUUACAAGCCAAGACAAGAGUUUUUAUUGUGUGCAGUGUUCAAGUUUUGUUUAUUUUUUUACAUGGUCGUAUUUCCGUCCACCUUUAAGGAGCCAAUAACGUGUGAAGGCUGCAGCUGAAAAUCAGCUGAAACUUCUUUUUUAUAUUCUUGCAAAACCUACAGGAAGAAAUAGUUGUAUUCAUGUUAUAGGAACACGUUGCCUGAAUCGGACAUGUUGGUCUUUGAAAAGUUUUUGA